AUGGUGUAGUUGACCAGAUUUGACUCAUCCGUGAUUAUUCACGGAUUGCUGUACGCAGUAUCUGGGCUUGAGGUCGUGCUGAUUGAUCGAGGAUUUAUGAAACUCAGUGCUUGGCAAUUGAGAGAGCUGGGGGUGGGUGAUGGAGAGCUCGGGGAAGAGACUGUGUGGGAGAGAGAGAGCGAGAGCGAGAGCGAGGGAGGGAAAUUCCUGUGUCUUUAUAACAUUCCUUGCUAGCUCAAGUUGCGAUAUAUAUAUAUAUAUAUAUAUAUAUACAUACAACUUCAGGGAUCUACCUUUGGACGACUUCGCCACUGCAGCUAUGAUGGAAAACUACGGCACUAUAGCCGUGCUUCGAGCUUUUUGCAAUGGCAGCCAACUCUAGGAACAGCGUUGGUGAACGAUGCAGUAGGCGGAAAUCACAUGGUCACCUCCCAAUAAACCGUGUGAUGGGAGCGUUUCGGAAGGGCGGAGCAAUGCCCGUAAUUUGCCUCUUCAGUCAUGCUGCAAUCUUGGGCUUGUUGAUUUUGGCAGAAUCUGCCGCGCCAGUUACGUCACUCUCGCCGGACACUCAUACACUUCAGCUUUUUCAGCUCUCCGCGGACCCAUCUCUGCAGACUCUUAACUGGACAGAUCGAGACCCAUGCCUUGGUCGUUGGACUGGUGUUUCUUGUGAUGAAGUAGGAUUCGUGCGGGAGAUUGUCCUCGAGGGUAUGCAUCUGACAGGCCCUAUCAACAUGUUGUCAAACCUCACGCAGCUUCGUCUUUUAAGCUUAAAAGAUAAUGCGCUUAACGGAUCCUUGCCGGACAUGAUUCACUGGCGAAAUCUUCGUCAUCUGUACCUGCACAACAAUAAGUUCGAGGGUCCUCUUCCAGAUUCCAUUGCAGCUAUGGCCAAACUGUUGCGAUUCACAGCCUCUAACAACCAGCUCUCGGGUCCGAUCCCAGCAACGAUCUCGAAGCUUGCACAUCUGGCGACGCUGCGGCUGGAAGGCAACCAGUUUUCUGGAUUAAUUCCGCCAAUUCAGUUGGUUAAUCUUAGCGAUUUUAACAUCUCUCAUAACCAGCUGGUUGGAUCUAUACCCCCGUCUCUGGAGAGAUUCGGAGCGUCUGCGUUCCAGCAGAAUCCCAUGUUGUGUGGACGAAUCCUGUUUCCUAGCAUAGUCUGUGAUGGUGUCAUGCCCAAGACUGUUCCAUCUACGCAGAGUACGGACCCUGGAAUGAACCUUGAGAAGAGGAAGCCGGGUUUAAGCAGGGGUGUAAUCAUCGCCAUCGUGUUCGGCGAUGCCGCCGUGUUUCUCCUCAUCUCCGUUAGUUCAGUGGCUUAUUACUGGCGUAAAUGCCCUCAUCGGCAUGACGAUGAGAAGUCGCCAAAGAAGCUGGAAGAGAUGGACAUGACUUUGACGCACUACUCCCCAAUCAAGAUUUCUAGUGAGUCCGACCGUGGCAAUCUCGUGUUCUUUGAGAACAGCAACCGGUUCGAGCUCAGCGAUCUCUUGCGAGCAUCUGCUGAGAUGCUGGGAAAGGGUAGCUUCGGCACUACAUACAAGGCAGUGUUGGAAAAUUGUGCCGUUAUUGCGGUGAAGAGGAUGAAGGAAGUUAAUGCCUCCAGCAAGAAGGAUUUUGAGCUAAAGAUGGAUGCUAUUGGGAGACUCUGGCAUCCUAAUGUGCUCCCAUUGCGGGCGUUCUACUUUGCGAAAGAGGAGAAGUUGCUGGUCUACGACUACGAGCCCCAUGGCAGCCUCCAUUAUUCUCUCCAUGGAAAUCAACGGCUGGAUCGAACGCCACUAGAUUGGUCUCAGCGGUUCAAGAUUGCGCUGGGAGUAGCAAAGGCUCUGCGCUACUUGCAUUGCGAAUGUGGGAAGCAAAAAAUUGCCCACGGGAACAUCAAGUCAUCAAAUAUCCUCCUCGACGAAAAUCAUCGCCCCUUGGUGGCGGAUUUCGGCCUUUCUUUGAUCUUGUCCCCCACUGCUGCAGCUUCAAGAGUUGCUGGGUACCAUGCCCCUGGACAUGCGGACAUGAAAAGAAUAUCUCAACCAUCCGAUGUCUACAGCUUUGGUGUGGUGAUGCUGGAGCUUCUGACUGGCAAAUCCCCCGCAUCUUUCCAUCCCUCGGAGAAAGGAAUCGACCUGCCCAAAUGGGUGCAAUCCGUGGUACGGGAGGAGUGGACUGUGGAGGUCUUCGAUGUGGAGCUCAAGCGCCACAAGGAUAUCGAGGAAGACAUGGUGUCCAUGCUGCAAACGGCGCUGCUCUGUACGGAACCGAUACCAGAGCGGCGACCUAAGAUGACCGUGGUCGUCGCCUUGCUUGAGAAAUUGUCCAGGGACCAAUCCCAUUUCUACGACAACAAUACCCCAACUUGUCAAUCUCCUGCGGCCUCUGAAGCUGAUACAUCUGUCUGAGUUGUCCAAAUUAAUUGGAACUUACUAAUCCAUCAAAAUCACAACUCCACGAUGUACGGCAUUUGUCCAUCCAUUAUUCUACGCUUCGUAUAGAGCUGCAGAGUUAGCACAUGGACGUGCAACAUAUAUGUAUAUGUUCGUGCAUAUUUAUUCUACGUCGGCACCGUCACAACGUUUCUCUACACAAAGGAUAGUGCGGUGUGAGUUUCAUGAUUGAUUGCUGGUUCUGUUCAACGCGGUUGUGUAUGUUCCAAGAAAUGCAUCACCAUACCACCGGAACCGAGAAUAGGCAGUCACCAAUCAGCAGACGACGAUGCGUGUGAAUCUGAGCUUAACUAAUCAAAACGCUGAAGAUUGCCGUA